AUGCACGAAGAAGUAAAAGUCUAUAUGGAUGACAUGAUCAUUAAAUCCAGAGGGGCUGAAAGCCAUGUACAGGCAGUGAAAGGAAGUGUGAUAGUAGAUAUCCUGGUAGAAAACCCAAUCAAUGAUUAUAAGGCUCUAGAUUUCAAAUUCCCAGAUGAGCAUAUUAAUGCAAUAAGUAGUGGUGUUGAGGGGCAUGAUAAUGUGUGGGAGAUGUAUUUCGACAGAGUAGUCAAUUUAUCCGGUAAUGGGAUUAAGGCAGUGCUAGUAUCUCCAAAUGGGAAACACUUUCCAAUAGUUGCCAAACUAAGGUUUACCUGUACCAACAACAUGGUAGAGUAUGAAGCUUGCGUGAGUGGUUUACAAGCUACCAUUGAAAUGAAGGUAAAGAAAUUGAAGGUGUUUGGGGAUUCAGCCCUGAUCAUUUACCAAGUCAAAGGGGAAUGGCAGACUAAAGAUCCAAAACUGAUCCUGUACCAGAAAUAUCUCCUCGAGCUAAUCAAGGAGUUUGAAGAAAUUUCCUUCACUCACCUGAGCCAUGACAAGAACCAAUUCACUGAUGCCUUAGCUACUCUAACUGUAAUGACUCAAAUGGUUGUUACAAAUUAA